UUAUUUUUAACAUUUCGAACUUUAUUAAACAAUGAAUCGUGAAAUAGAUUUCAACUAUAUUUUUCUUAGUAUUUUUUUAUUAAAAACAGAGAGCGUUCCAAUUGACACGAAUUCGUCGAAAAUAGCGGGAAACUAUGAUAUUGAUGCCCAUUUGAAUUUCGAACAUGUCAGAAAUAUUUGCUCGAAUAGUGUUCCAAUUUGUAAAAGCAACGAUUCGAAUAUUUGUGCCACGAGAUUUAUUAAUGAAAAAAUGGAAUACAAAGAUUUUGAAAACUCCUGUUUUUUAUUCAUAAAUAACAUGUGUCAUAAUUAUGGUAAAGAGUUCUCGAUUAUUACGACUGGACGAUGUUCAGAUUAUUUCAAAUAUAGAAGGAGUGAUCUAAAAAAGAAUAAAAAUAACGUGAAAACUAGUACCAUUUUUUUAGUGACGAAGAAACAAAUAAAACGUUCGGAAACAACAAUAAGCCCUCUAUAUGAAAUAGACACGGCAUUUGAUUUCCACAUCUGUCCUCUGUCUUGUCCGAACGUCUACAGCCCUGUCUGCGUCGGCGUGAACCGUGGCCACGGCUUGUAUUACAAAUUCUAUACGUUCGUUAAUCACUGUUCCGGCGAUUUGUAUUAUUGUAAGAACUGGAGAGAAUUCAGCCCUCCCCCUGAUGAAGAGGAAAUGGUAAAAAGUUCACCGUUGAGCUGGUCGUAUUGCGCAGCAAAUAGAUACAUUCAAUUCGCAAGGUUCACCGAGAUGACGUCAUCGAUGGGCCACUACGGCUGGCUGGCUGGUGAUCACAGUCCAACUCACAUCGUAGAACCGCACGAGCGAAUACCAGGUUAUGGAUGA